AUGCCGCUGGCCCUGGGCCCCCCGGGCGCCCCUGCAGCCCCACCCUGGGCCAACCAGAGCUGGGAGCUUGAGUUCGUGCUGCUGGGCUUCGCGCACGUGCCCGCGCUGCGCCCCCUGCUCGCUGCGCUCUUCCUGGCCGCCUUCCUGCUCACGCUGCUGGGCAACGCGCUCAUCGCGCUGCUCACCGCGCUGGACCCCGCCCUGCGCGCGCCCAUGUACUUCUUCCUGCGCCAGCUGGCCCUGGUGGAGAUCUGCUUCUCGCUGGACAUCGUGCCCCGGCUGCUGGUGACCCUGAUGUGGCCCGGGCGGGGCGUGUCGCCCGCGGGCUGUGCCCUGCAGCUGCUCCUGGUGCUGUCCUGCGUCACGUCCGAGUGCUUCCUCCUGACCGCCAUGGCCUGGGACCGCUACGUGGCCAUCUGCUGGCCCCUGCACUAUGGCGCCAUCGUGAGCCCACGGCUCUGCCACGUGCUGGCCGCCACGUGCUGGCUGGCCGGGGUCCCCGUGUCGCUGGUCUUCACCAUCUGGCUGUUCCGCUUUCCGUUCUGUGGGCCCCGUGGCAUCCGCCACUUCUUCUGUGACAUCGCACCUCUGCUGAGCCUGGUGUGUGCGGACACCCGAGUCUUUGAGGUCAGUGUGUUGGUGGCCACAGUGCUGGUCAUCAUGGUGCCUUUCUGUCUGAUAGCCAUGUCCUACAUUGGGGUCUUGGUCACUGUCCUGCGGAUGCCAUCGGCCACUGGGCGCCACAAGGCCCUGUCCACAUGUGCCUCCCACCUGAUGGUGGUGGUUCUGUUUUAUGGAACAACAGGGGUCAUCCACUUGCGACCCAAAGCCAGCUACUCCCCAGAGAGCAAGCAGGUGGUGUCCCUCUCUUACACCCUGGUGACCCCCGUGCUCAACCCGCUCAUCUACAGCCUUCGGAGCAAGGAGGUGAAGGCCGCCCUGGCGCGUGUGUUUCUUCAAAGAAGAGGGACCCAUAGUCCAUGGCUUACAUUUCCCUGA